GGCGGGCGCGGGUCCGGCAUGAGCGAGGCGCGGCUGAGGGCCGGGCGCGGCCCCGGCGGGGCCCGGGAGCCGCAGGACAAGGAGUCCGAGUCUGAGAACAGGCUGGAUGGAGAGACAGCGUCAGACAGCGAGAGCAAGUCCGAGUUCGGGGGUUCAUCCCCAGUGCCAACCUCAGAUGACACCCCAGAGGUGCUGAACAGGGCCCUCUCCAACCUGUCCUCGAGAUGGAAGAACUGGUGGGUGAGGGGCAUCCUCACGCUGGCAAUGAUCACCUUCUUCUUCAUCAUCAUCUACCUGGGCCCCAUGGUCUUGAUGACAAUUGUGAUGUGCGUGCAAAUCAAAUGCUUCCACGAGAUCAUCACCAUUGGCUACAACGUGUACCACUCCUACGACCUGCCCUGGUUCAGGACGCUCAGCUGGUACUUUUUGCUCUGUGUGAAUUAUUUCUUCUACGGGGAGACGGUGACAGAUUAUUUCUUCACGCUGGUGCAGAGGGAGGAGCCGCUGCGGAUCCUCAGCAGAUACCAUCGCUUCAUCUCCUUCGCCCUCUACCUGACAGGUUUCUGCAUGUUCGUGCUGAGUCUGGUGAAGAAGCACUAUCGCCUGCAGUUCUACAUGUUUGGCUGGACCCACGUGACGCUGCUGAUCGUGGUCACCCAGUCCCACCUCAUCAUCCACAACCUCUUCGAAGGGAUGAUCUGGUUCAUCGUGCCCAUCUCCUGCGUGAUCUGCAAUGACAUCAUGGCCUACAUGUUCGGCUUCUUCUUCGGCCGCACGCCGCUCAUCAAGCUCUCCCCAAAGAAGACCUGGGAGGGUUUUAUUGGAGGAUUUUUUUCCACCGUUCUCUUUGGAUUGCUGCUGUCCUACGUGAUGUCGGGGUACCGCUGCUUCACCUGCCCCGUGGAGUUCAACAACGACACCAACAGCUUCACGGUGGACUGCGAGCCCUCGGAGCUCUUCCAGCUGCAGGAGUACAACAUCCCCGUGGGGCUGCACUCCGUGCUGGGCUGGAAGACCGUGCGGAUGUACCCCUUCCAGAUCCACAGCAUCGCCCUGUCCACCUUCGCCUCCCUCAUCGGGCCCUUCGGGGGCUUCUUCGCCAGUGGCUUCAAGAGGGCCUUCAAAAUCAAGGACUUUGCCAACACCAUCCCGGGCCACGGGGGGAUCAUGGAUCGCUUCGACUGCCAGUACCUGAUGGCCACCUUUGUCAACGUCUACAUCGCCAGCUUCAUCAGGGGCCCCAACCCGAGCAAACUGAUCCAGCAGUUCCUGACGCUGCGGCCGGAGCAGCAGCUGCACAUCUUCAACACGCUCAAAGCACACCUGGUGGACAGGGGAGUCCUGGGCAGCCCCGAGGAGGCGUAGGCACGGCUGGGACAGGACUGAGAGCACAGCGGCCUCCUCCAGGAGCUCCUGCCUUGCCUGAUGUCAGACAGUAACGAGGCCUCAUUUCACUGUAACUUUUCCUCCUUUCUUGGUAAAUGUUCGCAUUUGUGGUUUAUUUUAUUUUAUUUUUUUCUAAAUAAUAUAUUUAUAGAGCUUUGGUUCAAACGAGCAAAUCUGGGGUUUGUAGCUGAGAAGGAAGGAGUUGAGGCUCGGGAGGGUUGGGUGGGGCAGGAGGGUGUGGCUGUCCUGCUGGAAUGUUCUGGCCCUCCUGCUCAGGGUGGCAGCUCUGGGGACCCUCCUCCUCCUCAGGGACAGCUGGGGGUGCAGUGGGAGCUGCCCCAGCAGUGCAGCCUGGCACAAGGAGGAGGAUCCUGUGCUCACCCAGCCCCAUUUCCACCUGCAGCUGCUCCCACCUGCUGCUCCUGCUGUGCCUCUCACAUUCCCUCCCUGCUGGGCUGAUGCUCUGGCAGAUCAGAUUUUUGUAGCCAGUUAAAGCAGAAACAGGUUGGGCACGGGGAGCUGAGGAAGUGGCAGCUGCGUGGGGAAUGUGGGAGGUCCAGAUUCCUCCAAAACCCAUGGGAGUAAAUGAGUUUUGGAGAGCGUUGAAGUUUCACUGAGCAAUUCCUGCCAGGUGAGAACAACCUUCAAACACCUUGGUUUGUUUCCCCCCCAUUAAAUAACCUUUAGAAACCACACUUCUUCAUUUCUCCAAGCUUGGAAACCCCACACUGGGAUAUUUGAAGGAGCCUGAGGGGCAGUUUCCAGCCAAUUUCCUUGCUGGGUGGGCUCCAGCUGCAGCUGGGGGUUUUGUUUUCUUUCAGGGAUCAUGUCUGUUUGUUACUUGAGUUGUAGAAGUCGUGCUGCUGAGUUUACCAAGGUCUGUGUUGCAUUUCAGUCUGGGUUCAUUUCUCUGCAGGCUUCUGUCCUGCUUUGCUCACUGAAUCUUGUCAGAAAUAGUUUGUACUUUUAUUGAAGUACUUUCCUUUAUUUUGUCAUACUUUUUUAUUAUUUAAAAACAAGAGCCCUAAAGAUUGUAAAACUUUGCUUUUUUUUUUUCUUUGUGACCAGAUACCAUCCCCAUUUACACCUCAUGCAAUGUUCCCAAACAUGAGGUGACUCUGAUUUUCCUUCUUUCCAUAGUUUGUGCAUGGGAGAGAGAAACUUUCCCUUAUUUUAAACUGGGGUGUGAGUGACAGGGAGAGCUCCUGCAGAAGUUACAUUGGAGUUUGAAAGCAGUUGCUGCCACAAACCUUUAGCCACAUGUGGCCCUUUCCCUGCUGCGAGCUGGCUUGGCGUCAGCAGAAAAUAAACCACCUGAAAAUGCCCCAGAUUCAGAGCUUUCCCUCCAUAUUCUGGUUUCCUUUACCCUGAGUGUGUGUAAAUACACAGCACAGGUGCCAGCCUCUCUCCUGCAGUGCUGGGCUCUGCUCUGCCUCCCUGGGCAGGAGCUGUGUGCCCCAAAUUCAGGUGUUUGGUGGAAAGCACAGGCUACAGAGCAGGCUCUGCUCUUACAGAGCAUUCCCAGUGGCAAAGUUCUGCACCGAGCAGUUCAGGACUGCCUUUGGUGUUCACACACAUUUCCCCUGCUUGUGGAUUUCUCCUGUGGUUGCUCCCUUCCAGCUGGAAUUAGGUUUGUUCUCUAUCGAUGGAACAAAUUCUGGCGCGAGCCCCUGAUACAGAAAGCGCAGAGGAGAACAGAGGUGCUUCCACCUGGCCGUGCCCAGGGGCAAUAUUUGGGCUGUGUUUGAUGUGGCUUUGCCUGAGUCCAGCCAGGCAGUGCCAGGGGGGCCUGGGCCAGCUGGGGCUCUCUGGACUCUCCCUGCCCUUCGCCAAAAUCCCUUCUGGUGGCUGUUGCUCACAGGCAGAAGUGACAGUGCUGAUAAAUAUCCCAAAGCUGUGCUCUGUCCCUAGUGAGAAAUCCCCUCGGUGGGUCCUUAGUCUCCUGCUGGUGUGCUUUAACCCUUUUGUCGCUGUCCUGUUGUGCCAGCAGGGCAGAGCUUUGCUGCAGCUUUGGGGCAGGCUGGGCUGUCAGUGCUGGAUGUGGGCACUGGAGGGCAAAGCAGCUCCACGGAGCAGCUGGGGGAGCAGCAGAGCUCUGCCUGUGGGUGGCUGCCUGCUCAGAAACGGCCUGAACAGAAACUGUUCUGUGAUGAGAAAUGGCCUGAUCAGAAAAUUUCCUGAUGAGAAAAUUCCCUGGUCAGACAAUGCCCUGAUCAGAAAUGCCCUGGUCAGAAAAUUCCCUGGUCAGAAAAUUCCCUGGACAGACAUUCCUUGAUCAGAAAAUUCCCUGGUCAGAAAAUUCCCUGGUCAGAAAUUCCCUGAUCAGACAUUCCCUGAUCAGACAUUUGCUGGGCUUGGGAUUGUUGUUGUGCAGCUGAACUCACAGGGUGGGGAGUUUGGGUUUGGGAUGGAGGGGGGGUUAAAAUCCUGUCCCACCUCCUUUGUCAUGGGCAGGGAAUCUCCUGCAGCUCUGCCCUGGGCACUGCCAGGGCUGGGGGUUGGGAAGGACGGGAAGGUUUGGGAAGGAUAGGAAGGUUUAGGAAGGACGGGAAGGUUUGGGAAGGAUGGGAAGGUUUGGGAAGGACAGGAAGGUUUGGGGAGGAUGGGAAGGUUUGGGGAGGAUGGGAAGCUGCUGCUCCUGGCUUUGCCUGUUGCUGGGGUGGAACUGGUGCCCAGGGAGGGCAGAACCCUCUGUUCACCCAGCCCCGUGGCCCUGCAGGGCCCUGGGGAUGCUGCAGCUCUGGGGAUUUGGAGGGCACAGAGGGACCCCAGGGACAGGGCAGCUCUGCAGGUGCAGGGCUGCAGCUUAGCCUGGCACAGAGAAAGGUUCAGAGCAGGGAAAGGGGAAAGGGAAGGGCAGAGCGGCAGAGGGGAGCAGGGGUUUGUGUGUGUGGGCUGGGAGGAGGGGACAGGACCCCGUGGGAAGGUCCCAGGCUGGCGUGGGAGCCACCAGUGUCCCCGGCCACCAGCCAGGGAGGUGGCAGUGCCAUGGGGAGGGGACACUGGGCACCCCCAGGGGUUCUUAGGGGCUGCUUGGGUUUGGACACGGGUUUGACCCACAGCUGGGCCAGGUCUGUGGACACCUGGGUGGGAAUUUUGCUUUUCCCUGCCUCGUUGUAGCCCAGGUGAGGCUGGCAGGGCCAGCCCCUGCUCGGGGAAGCACCAGACCUGGGAUCAGCCUGGGUGAAAAUGAAUUCCCAGGGUGAAACAGAAUUCCCAGGGUGAAACAGAAUUCCCAGGAUGAAACUGAAUUAGCGGGAUGAAACUGAAUUAGCGGGAUGAAACUGAAUUACCAGGGUGAAACUGAAUUACCAGGGUGAAACAGAAUUCCCAGGGUUAAACAGAGUUACCAGGGUGAAACAGGAUUCCCUGGGCUGAGGGGCAGCUCUCGAGUGGAGCUGGGAUCCUGCAGCAUCCCCAGAGCUGGGCUGUGCCAUCCCAGUGUCCCCUCCCAGGGAAUGUCCCCUCCAGGGAAUGUCCCCUCCAGGGAAUGUCCCCUGUGUGCAGGGAGCCCCCAGGCCUGGCUGGGGGGGUCCUGUCCUCUCCCCCUCCCCUGCCUGGGUGCUGGGAGCAGGGCAGGGCUGUGUGAGCCCGGCCAGCCCUCCUGGGGACAGCUGUGUCCCCAAGGGCCCUGUGGCAGCCCCGGGUGGCAGCUGUGCAGCCCAGUGCAGCUCCUGCAGCCCAGUGCAGCCCAGUGCAGCUCCUGCAGCCUCUGCAGCCCCUGCAGCCCUGUGCAGCCCCUGCUCUGCAGCCUGGCCUGUUCUUUCUCUGUGCAUCGUUCUUCUGGUUCCAGUUCUAGCUGCACACGUAGAGUUGCCUUCCUUUGACCGAAUGUUGGAAUGUGAAAUAUUGUAUAUUUCAAAGUAUUUACCCUAUUUAUAUACUGUAUGUUACUGUUAAAUAAAUAUAAAUUCCAUUA